AUGGCCUUAGGAAUACACCGGCUCGAGUGGAUUGAUUCUAACGGCACGGGCAACGGCACUGACCCGUACGCAACUGGCAGCGAAGGCUGCUGGGUCACUAUGCACGGCUCCGACAACCUGGCAUGGUACCAGUUCAAUGCGCACAAGGUCGGCUGGAUAGUUGCUGGCGUGUUUGCUCUGGUAGCUACCAUUCUCUCGGGCAUCCAUAUUGUUCGGCACCUUAAGAACUACACCGUGCCAAGCCAACAGCGUCACAUUGUCCGAAUCUGCCUCAUGAUUCCGAUUUAUAGCAUUAUCUCGUUCCUCAGCUACCGGUUCUACCGCGAGGCUCCGUACUACACUGCUGUGCGCGACUGCUACGAGGCUUUUGCGAUUGCGUCGUUCUACAUGCUAUUGCUGCAGUACAUUGGAGCCUCGUCGGCGGAGCAGAAGAAGGCCAUGCUGUCCAAGCGCGGCAUAAAGUGGACGUUCCCGUUCGGAUGCAUAAAGAUGAACCCAGCCGGCCGCCGGACGUUCAUUCUGCUAAAGUGGGGAAUCAUGCAAUAUGUCAUUGUCAGCCCCACCAACACCAUCAUCACCAUCAUCACGCACGCCAAGGGCGUGUUCUGCCCAGACAGCAUGCGGCCAAAGUACGCGCACGUGUGGAUUGCGUGCGUCGACUUUAUCUCCAUCACAGUAGCCAUGUAUGCACUGGUGUCCCUGUACCGUGUCAUCAAAGAGGAUAUCAAACAGGACAAGCCGCUGAUAAAGUUCAUGGCCAUCAAGGCAAUUGUGCCUUCAUCAUCUCGAUGGCUCGGAAGCAGCAACAUCCAUGUCAUCAAGGGCACAAAGUACUGGUCCAAGGACAACGUCGUUGAGGGGCUGACUGCGCUGAUCAUCUGCAUUGAGAUGGUGCUGUUCGGGCUGCUGUUCAUCAAGGCGUUCCCCGUUGAACCGUACCGCCGUCCCGAUGGCGUUGGCCGCACAUCAACCAAGCGCGCCUUCAUCGAUUCGCUCAACUUCAUGGACUUUAUCUACGAGAUCUGGUACGAGCUGCGGUGGAUGGUUGCGCCGCUGACAGGCCGCUACCCGGCCGAGCCCGACUCCGAGAAGGGCCGCUUCGGCCGAAUGGACAUCAACGGGGCCGUGCGCUACAAAAUCAACAAGCAGACCUACGACCAGCUCGGGAUGCAGAAUGAGCCAAACCCCAACGAGAUCGUGUCACACGGCGGCAACAUGGGCACCCGCGGCUCGGGCGCCGCUCACCUGCGCACAGAUCCAGAGCUCUACAACUACCAGACUCUGUCGUCAUCAUCGCAUCCGCCUGCAGUGCCGUCGCAGAUCCAUGUUGUACCCGAGGGCCACUACUCGCCACCACCGUCCGCAGCGCCACCGUCAAACAACAACAGCAGCCCGUUCUACCGCUGA